UAGACAAGUAACUUAAAAAGAAUCAAUUUGAAAAAAACAAUGGCACCCACUUCAAACAUUAUUGGAUACUGGGGAAAACAAACGGCUACUAUUGAUUGGUGCGAGAGAAAUUAUGAAGUGAGCUUCUAUGUCGCAGAAUGGUGGAACACAAUAAGCAACCUUAUGAUUAUACUCCCACCAUUAUGGGGCAUUGUUGAAGUCUUCAACCAAGGAUUUGAGAAGAGAUUUAUCAUAUGCAACUUUUUGGUGUUUAUUGUAGGAGUGGGGUCCUGGUGCUUCCACAUGACUUUACUGUAUGAAAUGCAGUUGUUUGAUGAACUGCCAAUGAUCUAUGGGUCCCUGUUCCUGUUAUAUUGUGUGUAUGAGGCACCCAAACCCUACAAUAAACAUUUCUUUUCCAACAUUCCCUUGUUCACGUUCCUGUUCGGUUUUGCCAUACUGUUUACGGUAAUGUACUUAUGGUGGCCUCAGCCUUUGUUCCAACACGCCUCCUAUGGAGUAAUAAUUCUCUGGUCCUGGAUUAAGGAAACUCAGAUCGUUCGACAAAAAAAGUGCAAAACAUGCAAGAGAAUACUGAUCAUGUCAGUGGCGAUGUUUUGUUUUGCCUUCUUCAUAUGGAAUAUUGACAAAGCUCUUUGUUCUACAUUGGAUAACUUCCGAGGAAGGGUUCCUUCCGGGGUCGGUGCUCUGACACAGCUUCAUGCUUGGUGGCAUGGUUUCGCUGGAUACGCCUCGUACUUGCAGAUAUUCUUUUGUAUACAUGCUUGGUACGAUUUCCACAAGAGGAAAGGAGAGAAGCGUUUGUUGAACACGACUCAUGUUGGUUUCAGCUUAAGAUGGUCUUAGUGCCACUUAGUCCGUCACACCCACUCUCUUAUAUCAGGUCUAAGAAUUGCAACCAUAAACAGUUAUAAGAAAAAAAUCCCAUCAUCGAGUAACAGGCUGUGAUACCUAUAGGUUCUGGUUUAUAGAUCAGCCUUGCCUACAGUCAACAAUAUUACUUUGUGAGUAAUAGUUGAUUACUGAUUACAUUCAUUGGUUACUGUAAGAGAAACUUUUAAAUCGUUGCAUUACUUGUAUUAUGAGAGUUUGUUUACAACCCAUAAAGUUGGAACCUUGGUACUUAAAAUUGUGUCAAUACUGUCUAUGUCAAUCAAGUUGUGAUGAGAUGAUGUGAUCUUAUUGUGUAGAAAUCACUUCAGAAUCAACAACGGUUUGCUUCAUUAAGCUUUGUAUUUAGUGGCCAUAUCACUCUAGUCCAAACUUCUCACCUCGUAGUUGCAUGUUCGUAUGGAACAAGUAACAAAAUUUCAUUAGCAGGGAUUUUUAAUCUACUUUUACAUUGUGUCUUAAAACCUUUUUACUACUUGUAACUCUGUACUUUAAAUCCAAAAUGCUAUUGUUGGUUUUAACAAAUAUUUUAGUAUUAAAAUGAAACUAUUUGAUGAGACACUAUACUUCACUGUGUCCUUUAGGCCACAUCAUGCCUUGAAAUUUAAUCCUUUAAUAAUUAAUAGUAGUUUACACAACGAUCGCGUUAUGACUAUUUACCCUAGUUGCGUACACUACUUUACCUACAAAAGUGUUUUAAUAACUCAAUCACUACGGUACUCAUAACUUCUAAGAGAGGUUAUGUCUUUGUUUAUAACCUCUUAUUGUAACUGACAGUGAUGUAAGAAAUCAUUGUACCAAACGCUAAUUGCAACACUUCUUUCAUUGACAAUUAAAUUGGUCUGAACAGCUGAUUAGUUUAAGUUCGACGCAUUACAAUUUUACUUCUUUUCUCACGAUCUUUGAACCUCACUGGUCCAUUACCUGUGUUGUUAAGUAAAAAAACAAUGUUCCAAGUAAGUUAACAAUGCUGUUAUGUGAAUCUUUUCAAUUCUAAGAACUGAACUGAAACGGCUAGUUUAAAAAACGGUCGUAGGUAAAUAAUAUUUCCAUACAGUAUUAGUAUUUUAAAAACCUGAGUUUUCAAAUACAAAAUUGUUGAUUGGCCUUGUAUUUAUUAUGGAUGUCUUACGUAUCAUAAUAAUAGCCUUACCACUCUAAACAAUAAACCUUUAUAAAUACAUUAAUUAACUCUAGUUUUUCUAACCUUGUACAGUUUAUGUUUUUUAGGGGGACACAUUUUUUAUAGUUUUUUUUUUUUACUCAAACAGUAAUGGUUUUGCCCUAACAUAAGGUGUUCAUAAUUUACUUUAUGUUUUAUUCACUUUAUAGUUAUUUCCUUUAGUUUUCCAAUAAUUUUAAACACAGCAAAAUGUAUUUCUGUCUACUAUUUUUUAAGGUGAAAAACAUUCUUGUCCUAUUCUAAUUAUAAAUAUUGGACAAAGCCAUCAAAAGGAUUCUUAAUGACAAUAACCAUUGGCCUUAUUGGAAAAAGAACCUUUUGAAAAAUAUUAAAUAUUGUUUGUACCCUUAUAAUAUAAACAUAAAUGGAAGUUAACUAAAAUAAGGGAUUUUAAUAACUUUGUAUUCAUAAUAUACAUUCUCUUUUAUACACACUUUUAUAACUAGUACCAAUUUUUAAACUUUAGCCAAUAAAACUUACCAUAACUCUAGCUUUUAAGAAACAAUGUGAAGAAAUAGCUAUGUUAAUCAUCAUCGUUUAGAAGAUGUUUUUUCUUGAAGAGAAUUAAUUGUAUUGAUCUUAGUACAGUUAACUCUCCAUAGUCUGACACGCUUUAUCAAUUAAUAAAAUCGUACCCUUGGUUGUUGUGAUAUAGUCAAGUAUAAGUAAGGCAUAGUCUGUUUGGAUCAGAAUGGACUCAUUUUGUAACAAGAAUCUCGCUUAUUUCUAUAAGUUUAUUGACUUUGAAGAUUGGUGUACGAGCACAAGGAACUUGAUUUUAACAAUGUUUCAACAUACAUACUGAAUUAACCCUUUGAUUGAGUUUAUACUCAUAGUAGUUUUAAAGAUUAACCAAUGUAAUACAUAAAUCAUUAUAAUUCAUUCAUUACAAAAUUUGGUAGUCCAACGUUUUUAGCCGAUACCCGUUUGGUCCCGACGACUUCUGAGAGUCGACUGUAGUUGUUAUCCAUUGAAGGUACUUAACUAAAUUGCGGAAUAAUGUCCUUAUUAUUAUGUUGACUAUUCAGCUAGUAAACAAAUACAUUCCAGUAAUAGUGCUGAUUUCCUAGAAUCAAUUUUUUAUGUAAAUUUGUAGGCCUACACCAGGCGCACAAUUCAGUUGGUACAAAAGUUUUUUUUAGGGACUACGUAACUCCUGGUUUUGUAUAUUAAUUUCUGGUUUUGACCAUCACUGCUAUGGUAAUACAUAUUUAGGUCUAUUUGUAAAUCUGAAAAAAUAAUUUGUACGUUACCUGAAAGUAAAUUUAUUAUUUUAUACUUAAUUACUAACUCAUCCAUUAGGCCUACACAGUUUUAGUUACAGACAAAUUAAAAUGUUGUAUAACGCUAUGUGAUGGUCAUAACUUAAAUCAUCUAAUUUGUUGUUUGACAUAACUUUUGUUCUGCAAUAAGCCUUUAAAGACUGAACUGUUUUUAAACUCUUCCAUAAAAGAAUUAUUGUAGGAAUACAGUACAUUGUUCUAUACAUAUAUAUUGUUAAAUAUUUUCAUUAAGUUGUUUGCUUGUUCAAAAGUUGUCCGUGCAGUGUUUUGAAUACUGUCAAUGGUUUUAAAACAUUUUUUCACAAUUUUACCUUUUAAUUCACUUAUUAAGUUAUUACUAUGAGUGUGUAACAUAUUAGAAACCACGCACAACUUAUGAUCAGCCAUUAACAACGCUCUUUAGGAAAUUAAUGAUUGGUGGUAAUAUUCUUGUUGUACAAGCACCUCCAUAAAUCAAAUUGUUAACUGUUGAUUGUUUUGUUUGUUUUUGUUAGUUGUAAAAUUGUUGAGUAAUUGUUAGUGUUGUUAAGUGUUGGUUGAAAGGUUCUUUUUCUACUACAGUAGAUUUUUUGUCACCCUUGAUAUUUUUGUAUAAUGCAUUGGUUCUACAUUUACUAGUCUUAGUUGUAUUAUUAAAAUAAAUUGUCAAAUUACCCAGAGAGCACAGAAUAGAAAUAGAGGGGCUACGUAUAUCCAGCAAGCAUUGCGGGCAGUGUAGCCAAUCCCCCACCACUUAUACGGGCAAGUGGCGGCAACUGCUGCAUAUAGCGGUAGAUCACCUUUUCCAAAUGUACGAUGAUUAGACACACUUAGAGUAGACCUAAAAUCAUCAAAUUUGGCACAGCUACUAUAAAUUAGUGCUUCUCACUGACAGUAAGGUUGGAAUAUAAAAAAUAAUUUUAUUGUAAUUUUAACAGCUGUUAAAACCCAAAGAAAUUAUAACAUUUUGAAUUAGAACAUAAAAAAGUAAGUGAUUAGAAUUUUUUUAUUUUUCGGUCAGGAAAGUUUCGUCAGCGGCAAAGUUUGAGAGCUUGAGUUGAAUCCUAACAUAUAUUUUUUGGAAAAAUUAAUGAUGAAUAGUUUUGGAAAUAAAUCAGGUAGAAGAGGAAGCAAAAUUUGGGACCCGCCGACGGCGAUUUUCAGGUGGCUUCACUUCACUUGCCCGAUGCCCUCUCUAUUUCUAUUCUGUGCUCUCUGCAAAUUACCUUUAGGUAUGAAAGUACACAUUUACUAAUUACACUAUUCUUAUUGACAAGCUGUAACAACCUUUGGUUAAACGUGCCUCACAAGGCAGUGUCUCUCCUAACUUAUCAUAAUAUGAUUUAUGGUAAGAAAAUAGAAGAUUCUACAGAUAGAAAUGAACUUUGCUUUCAGUUUGUUGUGAUAUCAGUACACUGGUGGCAUAAUACAACCAAGCUAUUUUGUAUCUUAAAAUUAGCUGCAGCUUUAACAUGGGAAAGGAACGUCUACUUUUGCCUCUUUGGGAUGUGUUUCUAUAAGCAGAGUUUUACUAAUACAAACUAAAAUAAAUUUAGGAAUAAACUAUAUAAUUAUAAUUAUAGUUUAAUACAUUCAUUAUAUGGGUCCAAUAACUGUUAGUAUAAUUAUUUAGUCAUUAAGGUUUUAACCCAAAUAGCUUUAAUAUUGAAUUAAGGUUUCAUAUUUGGACCUUUGACUUAGAAAGCAAGAACUCUGUUAUCCAAUCAGUUAAUAAAGAAAAUUACAAAUAAUUAUAAUAAAUUUAAACCAUUAUUAACAUAAACUUUGACAUUUAAAUUCAAUUAGAAUCAAUUUGCUGUUUAUAGUUUAUACUUACACACUUAUUGAGAUUGAUUAAAAUAAUUUAUUACACAAUGUAUUAGCUUAAU